AUGGUGCAAACCAAUAAUGAUUCCGAUAACAACGAUGCAGUGGAUGAAAUUAAAGAAUACUAUGAUUGUAGAUAUAUUUCUACAUGUGAAGCAUCAUGGCGGAUUUUUAAAUACGAUGUUCAUUAUAGAUAUCCUGUUGUGAUUACACUACCUUUUCAUCUUCCCGAUCAACAACAAGUUGUAUAUGAGGCAGACAAUGACACUGAAGAUGUUCUUGAUCGAACUUCAAUUGCUUCUUCAAUGUUCACAUCUUGCAUGAAGUGUAAUGAAAUCAAUAAAGAAGCACGAAAACUUACAUAUGUUGAAUUCCCUACAAAGUUUGUUUGGCAACGUAAAUAUCUGAUUUGGAAGCCAAGGAAAGUUAGAUAUGCGAUUGGUAGAAUUCACUCUGUUUCACCUAAACUUGGAGAAGCAUAUUUCUUAAGAAUUCUUUUAAAUAAAGUGAAAGGUCCUAAAUCAUUCGAAGAAAUUCGCACAGUCAAUUGUGAACUAUGUUCUUCUUUUAAAGAUGUAUGUUAUAAUCUUGGCCUUUUAGAUGAUGACAAAAAUUUAUCGAUGCAAUUAAGGAAGCAAGUCUUUCUGGAUUUGGUUUUUAUCUACAGUUCUUAUUUGCUAUGA